AGAGCUAUAUUGUCGGGGGCGUCUAUUUCAUGUCUGCUUGGAUUUUAAUAUCCUCCAGCAUACACAUUAGUAAAUGUGGAAGAAAGACAAACGUCCCCGUCUACUAUUGCCAUCCUUGGGCCGCAAACUGCACAUUGGUUUUUAUGGGAAAGGCUCACUCCAAUAUAAUAGCUCAAUGCUUCAAUAUACGUAUAGCAUAUUUGAGAAGUCGGAAAAAAAAAACUGUGAUACGAGACUAGUGAACAGAUAAAAGCUCUUUUCUGCAUCGAGUGCAGAAAGUGUAACACAUUGCAACUAGAAAGAACAGAGUAUCGUGUGCCAUCAGUGCCAUCACCAACAGGUCUGAACCAUGAUAUUCUGAGUGGAUCUGGAUGACGGCGUGGACAGCAACCGGGUUGGUUUUCGAGCGCGUGUGCUGUCAAGUGAAUUUUUAUCUUUCGGCCAAUAUAAAAAAUGGAGCAGUUACUGUUGAAUCUGCUCGUGUCCGACAGUGCCGUAAUACAGCAAGCAACUGCAGAUCUUAAAAGUGCUCUUAAAGAUCCAAACUCUGUACCAGCUUUAUGUCAACUUAUAGCAACAUCACCAAAUCCAGAGGUAAGGCAGUAUGCAGCUCUCAUUCUUAGAAGGCGUUAUACUAAAGGAUGGAACUGGACAAAAUUACCUCUACAGAUACGUAGCGAAUUUAAAAAGAAUAUUUUACAGGCCUUAGGAAAUGAAUCGACAAAGUCUGUUAGAAAUAGUAUAGUUCAAUUAGUAGGUGUCAUUAUUAAACAUGAGAUACUUACAAAUAGUUGGCCAGAAGUUAUAAAUUAUGUGGAACAAUUAGUUGUCAGUGAAAACUUGGAGCUUAAAGAAUUAGGUAUGUACACCUUAUCAAUUAUGACGGAAGUUUCACCAAAUGUCUAUGCCUCGUAUGCUGGAUCUUUAACGGUACUCCUUGCUCAAACGUUGAGCAGUCUUCAGGACUUCAGAAAUCCAACUUCUUAUUACAUUUUGAAAACGAUGAAAAAUCUUAUCCCUCUGAUUGAAAAGAAUGAAUCGAUGGUGAACACUUAUAUUAUAAUGAUGCCACCUGCAAUGGCCGCUAUUCAAGCUCUCGCUGAAUCAUGUCAUGAUAACCUGGCCAUCCAAAGUUUUGAGUUGCUGGACGAAUUGUGUGAGAGUGCGAAUGCUGUGAUAGCGCCUCACAUCAAACCUCUUGUCCACAUGUGCCUUGCGAUCGUCGCUAAUAAAUCUCUAAGUGACGACCUUAAAAUUAAGGCAGUCAGUUUUCUUGGCUGGUUAGGAAAAAUAAAGAAGAAGGCUCUUGUAAAGCACAAAUUAGUAGAACCUAUUAUUGACAUGUUAUUUGUACUCAUGAUUAAUCGGCCAGAAAAUGAUGCUGACGAUGAUUAUACGACUAACGGAGACAGCGGAGACAAUACUAUUUCAGCGAGUGCCACUCAAACCUUGGAUAUGCUCGCGAUGUAUUUGCCACCGGAGAAAUUAAUUCCACAUUUAUUACGACAUAUCGAACCCGGACUCCAAAGUACAGAUAUAUACACAAAGAAGGCAUCGUACGUAACAAUAGCCGUAUUAGCGGAAGGUUGCGCCGAGUAUAUACGUUCGAAUUACCUGGAAUUCUUCCUGCGAUGUAUCUGUCAAGGAAUCACAGAUCCUUCGGCCGUCGUGCGCAACGCCGCGCUUUUUGCCUUGGGACAGUUCUCCGAGCACUUACAACCAGAGAUUUCGAAAUACUCGUCCGAAUUGCUGCCAGUAUUGUUCGAAUAUCUCGGCCAAGUGUGUUCGUACAUCAAGCAAGAGAAAAAAGAGCCGCACGCGGUCAGCCGUAUGUUCUACGCCCUCGAGAUGUUCUGCGAGAACUUGCACUUGAGCAUUCUGCCAUAUUUGCCUAAGCUGAUGGAGAGAUUGUUCGACAUUUUGAAUGGGGAUACGCCGGUGCACGUGAAGGAACUCUCGCUGAGUGCUGUGGGUGCCGCCGCCUGUGCUAGCAAGGAGCACAUGCUACCGUACUUUCAAACUGUCAUCAACAUUCUCAAUGAUUAUCUGACCGCAGAAAUGACGGAAGAGAAUAUGUGUCUCAAGGUUCAAGCAGUUGAUACUCUUGGCGUGGUUGCUAGAUCGAUAGGGGAACAGCACUUCGCACCAUUGGCGAUCACGUCUCUCGAUCUUGGCAUAAGACUGUUGAAAAACACGGAAGAUCCAGACUUGCGGAAAUCGCUCUACGGUCUGUUCGCUGCCAUUAGCAGUGUAAUGAAGAAGGAGAUGGCCGCAGCUUUACCAGAGGUCGUCGAGUAUAUGCUGGCGAGUAUACGGAGUUCAGAUGGGAUUGUGAUGCAUUUAAAGGACGACGAUGAAGUUGGCGUUCUUACAGUUUACGAUGAUCUCAGUGAGAGCGAGAGUGAAGAAGAGGACAUUGAACACAGCGAUGAUGAAGACGACGAUAUCGAAGGUUACAGCGUUGAAAAUGCUUAUAUCGAAGAGAAAGAGGAAAGCGUGCUAGCUCUAAAAGAAAUCGCCGAAUACACAGAAGAGGCGUUCUUGCCGUACCUCGAAAGAUCCUUCGAAGAGAUUUUUAAAUUGAUGAAUUAUCCUCAAGAAGAUAUACGCAAAGCGAGCAUAGAAGCUUUGCUACAAUUUUGCAUUAAUUUCUCGAAAAUCCACACCGACGAAGGUAGAAAGGCAUUGUUGAAUGCUCUUUUCAUGUUUGUUCCGAAAUUGUCAGAGCUAAUAAGAUUAGACGAGGAACCAACGGUCGCUAUUUCCGGUUUAGAGGCGUAUGAAGAGCUGUUAAGAAAAAUCAAAAAGGAUGUUGUCGCUGAAGCGGGCCAUACAGAAGGCAUAAUAAACUCUGUUUACGAUGUAUUAAAUGGCAAGAUAGCAUGUCAAGACCAGGAUGAAGGUGAUAACAUUGAAGCGGAACAGGAUGAAUUACUGAUAGACUGCGCGGGAUCUGUGUUAUCUAAGCUUGGACAAGUAAUUUCGCCGGACGCCUUUGCACUCUGCUUUCAGAAAGUGUUGCCCCUGCUUCUAAAGAGACUGAAAAAGGGCAGUUCCGAGGGACAACGGUCUUUCGCAGUUGGUACGAUUGCAGAGUGCUUCCCCGGGCUUAAACAUAUGACAGUAGCAUUUGUGCCACAAUUGCUUCCGACUUUCCUGCAGUGCGGGACUCAAGAUUCCUGUAGUGAAGUCCGUAGCAAUUGCUUCUUCGGAAUCGGAGAGCUCGCAUUUUACGCAAAGGAUGCAGCUUAUCCACAUUAUCCACAGAUACUGCAAACCCUGUCGUGUGCCAUUGCAAAAGAAACAGAUUCGGCUGCGCGUGAUAAUGUGGUCGGAGCGAUUGCCCGACUUAUUAUCACGAAUUAUUCAAAUCUGCCGCUCGAGCAAGUAUUCCCAGUUUAUGUUCAACAAUUACCUCUGAAAACAGACUACCAGGAGCACAAAGCAGUGUUUAAGAGUAUUCUUACGCUAUAUCAAGCCGGAGUCGCUAUCUUGCGACCCCAUAUUCGUACGUUGUUGAAAGUGGCGGUUAUCAUAUUACACGAAGAUAAGACCACCGACGAUGAAUCGCGAAAUCUCGUCAUGGAAUUCAUCAGGUCUGCUCAGCGAGACUUUGUUGAUGAUUGGAAUGCGCUUUGUACCGAGCUACCUCUAGAAGUUGCCACAAACAUUCAACGCAUAUUUUCUUAAUUCAAACAAUUAAGUAGUUUUGCAGUUUAUGCCAUUUUAUCAUAUUUGAACAUUUAAAAUAUAGCUAAUAUCUAUUUGUUGAAUUAUAUAAACAUCAAGUCGCAUUGGACUUUAUCUCAAUAUCAGAUUUUCUAGUUUUUUUUUGUGCAUUUUGGAUCUUACUGCAAACUAAUAAAAGAAAACAUACGAAACAUAACAUAUAAAGCAAAAGUAAUAAGUGAUCGAUUUAAUAUAUAUUUCUAUGACACUUUAUAGAAUAGAUAAACACUUUUUCUUCUUUUUUUUUUGUUACUUUUUUGUUUACUAAACGUCUUUACUUUUACAGAAAAUGAAUAUUUACUUACGUUAUGACUUUAUAAAAAGCUUUCGCUUAUUCAUGAUUUUUAUUUUGUAAGUGGAAAAUUUAUAUUGUCUUGCGAUUAAAUAAGUAAAUCGUUAUUUUUAUGAUUAUCUAACAAGACAACUUUUAAUCAAUUUUGUCCUACUUCAACUAUAAAAAUAGGUAAAAUACAAAUAUUAUAUAUAUGGUAAAACAAAAGUCCAAAAUCAGAUUUUAAAAUAUCUAUGAUUGAACUUAGGAGUCAGGGAAUCUUAUGAUUCUUUUUCGGUCAUUAGAUUUGUUAGAUCUUUGAUAAUAGAAUUAUUGAAGCUGUAUAGAUUAGAAUUUUUGCCUUCCAAUGCUGUAUAAAUGAAAAAUCAUCUGGAUGCACAAAAAUGAUGCAAAUGUUUAAAAAUACUUGUAAUAAUUUAUGAAAAACUAAACUCUGUCUAAUCGAAAAUUGGAAGGACAUAUACUUUGAUAAAGCGUACGCAUUGAUACAAUCGUUACCAAUAAGCGGAUUGCAUCUGUCAUUUCUGUUUGUAACCAAAAAUAUGCAUGUUUGCAAAAUACGCGUAGUUAGUAUAUAAACAUCGAAAAUGUAUUACAUGAUAAAUAAAAGUACGACAUGCUUUUUA